CAGCUGACCGGUUACGUAGAUUCCAUGCGCCGGAAAGGACUUUUUUCGCUGAUGUGUAACUUUAGCAUGAAGUACCUCAUUACGUGAUCUUAUUAAGGUUGUAAAAUAUUGAUUUUUGUAUAGUAUUUUAGUCGUAAAUGUACAAAAGUAACGCAUAUUCUCCCCCGAAAAUUACAGCAACCCUGGAACUGUGGAGUGAGUGAAAUGGCGCCUAAAGGAAAAGUUGGAACCAAAGGCAAAAAGCAAAUCCAUGAGGAGAACAAAGCUACUCUGAAAUUCUACACCAGAGUCAUUAUAGGAGCCAAUACUGUGUACACAACUGUGAAUCUUAUUUUCUGUGACUCAUCGUUCUGGACAUGGUUCUCCUUACUGUUUGCACUGGUGGUGUAUGUUGGGAGCUACAGGUCUAUGGCAGCGAUGGCCAAACCAGCCUUUGCUGAGAGUGGCACUUUACUGGAUGGAGGAAUAGAUCUCAACAUGGAGCAGGGCAUGGCAGAGCACCUUAAAGAUGUGAUCCUGCUGACAGCCAUAGUUCAGGUUCUGAGCACCCUCUCCUCCUAUUUCUGGUACCUCUGGCUUUUGGCACCUGCUCGAGCUGUGCAUUUAUUGUGGAUAAACUUCCUCGGUCCCUGGUUUUCUGCUGAAUCUUCUGCACCUGCAGAGGAGGUGAAUGAAAAGAAGCAGAAACGACAGGAAAGACGACAGAUGAAGCGAUUCUAGAUACUUCGCUCCCGUUUUAUUUUCAUUAUAGAAAUAAAGCAACAUUCAUGUGAGAGAA